AUGGUGCGAGCGCGCGGCGCCUGGCUGCUCGCUGGCCUGCUCGGGCGAGUUUACGCGGGCAAUCCCAUCAUGCUGCCGUCGCUCGGCAUCGCGGACCCGCACGCCCACGUCUGGCCCGGCGAUCCCGACACGGUCUUCGUCUACGCCACGCACGACUGCAGCCCGAGCGGGCGAGGGAACUGCACCGCAUCCCGGGGUCUCGGGUUUCGCAUGGACGACUGGUGGGUCUGGUCGACGACGGACCUCCUGAACUGGACGCUCGAGGCCACGGUCUCGCCGAGCGUCGUCUCCUGGGAGACGAACGACACGGCGCGGGAGUGCUGGGCCACCGACGCGGCCCAGAGGGACGACGGCGAGACCUUCUUCUACCUCUCCGUGGGGCCCAAGCAGAUCGGCGUCGUGAGCGGCCCGACGGCGCGCGGCCCCUUUUCGGACCCCAUCGGCAAGGCGCUCGUGCCCGAGGGCCUCGUGCCGUCCUACUCGCGGGACCCCUGCGUCUUCCGCGAGGGCGACGACUACUACCUCAUCUGGGGCACGUUCUCCUAUUACGUCGCGAAGCUCGACGGCUCCCUCGCCGCGCUCGCGGAGGCGCCCCGGCCCGUCGUCAUACGGAACCAGGAGCACCGCGACGACAAGCCCUUCGUGCACCGGGCGAACGGGCUCUACUACCUGAGCUGGGGCUGCUUCUACGCCGUGUCGAACAGCUCCGUCUACGGGCCCUACGACUACGUCGGGUCCUUCAUCGACGCGGCGACGCUCGAGAACACGUCCUUCGCGUCCGGCGGCGGCACCGCGGACCGCCACGGGAGCUUCUUCGCCUUCCACAACCAGACCUACUUCGCCUGCAACGACCGGAGCCACGGCGGCGGCUCGGGCUACCGCAACACGAUCGUCAACUACGUGCACUACGCCGCGAACGGCUCCAUCGCGCCCCUCCGCAUCGACGAGGUCGGCGUCGGCGCCUUCGACGUCGCGGCGUCGCCGCGCGUCGAGGCCGAGAACUACUUCUCCGCGUCCGGCGCCGCGGCGAAGCGCGAGACGGCGGCCGGCUUCGCCGUGGACGUCGGGCCGGGCGCGGCGCUCGCGUACAACGCGGUCCGCAACGUGCCCCCGGGCGCGACGCUGCGGCUCGUCGGCGCGGGCGACGCGGUCUUCGAGGUGGCGGCGGACGGCGCCGAAAUCGGCACGUGCGGCGUCGGCGCGCCGUGCGGUCCGCUCCCGGCCGGCGACGUGGCCGUGCUCUACGUCACCGCGCUUCUCGGGGGCCUUCCGGCCCCUGUAAGACGCUCGUUGUUGGCCGUCCUCGUCGUCGCCGUCGCCGUCGCGUCGGAUGCCUGCGACGCCAGCGUGGGCGACGCCGCGGCGCUCGCCGCGGCGGUGAAGCGCGCCGGUUCGGACGCCUGCGUGGGGCGGAUGAACGUCGUGGCCGUGACGGCGGACAUCGCGCUCGCGGCGCCGGUCCUCAUCUGGGCCAACGCGUCCGUGUCGCUGGUCGGCCCGCACACGAUCUCCGGCGCCGGCGACCACGGCCUCUUAGUGAACCAGGGCGGGUGGCUCGCGCUGUCGGGGCUGCGGCUCACGGACGGCAACGCGACGGACGGGGGCUGCGUCAGUGCGAGCGGGCUCUCGCUCGCCGUGUCCGACGUGUCGUUCGAACGCUGCGCGGCGGGGCGAAUGGGCGGCGCCAUCUAUGCGGUUGCUCAAUAUCUGACGCUGCGGAACGACACGGUCUUCGAAGGCACCGUCUCGAACUACUCCGGCGGCGCGGUCUGGGUGUUCGGGGGCAAAGUGGCGGCCGUCGGCGUGACCUUCGACCGGUGCGUCGCGGUGGUCGGCGGCGCCGUCCACCUCCAAAACUUUGAAUGCGAGGAGGGCGUGCCGUGCUUCGAGAGCGACCUCGACCUGCGGCGCUGCACAUUCUCUUCCUGUCGGGCGACGGCCGGCGACGGCGGCGGCGUUAACGUGGUGAGCGCAGGCCGCGUGACCCUCGGGCCGGGCCUCGUCUUCCGGGGCAACGUCGCAGAAACGGGCGGCGGCGGCGGCGCGUACCUCCGCAACAUCUCCGGGUCCCUCGUCGUCCGCGACGCGGUCUUUGCGGAGAACCGGUGCCGCUCGCGCGGCGGCGGCCUCUUCGUCGAAUUCCAAGCGCCAAAGCCGCGCGUCGAGUGCGCGCGCUGCCCGGUCGAGAUGGCGAGACAGCCCUGCGCGUACGCGAAGAACGGCACUUGGCGGAGCUGGUACCGGAGCAGCGACGUCGCCACCGUCGUGGGGUCGACCUUCGUCGGCAACGAGGCCAACUUCUCCGCCGGCGGGCUCGGCGUGACCGGCGGCGUCCGCAUGACCCUCAAGGAUACGUCGUUCCAUCGCAACUCCGCGCGGAUCAGCGCGCACAUGCUCGGUGGAGGCCUCAUGGUCGGCGUGGGCGACGGGAAGACGGCCGUGAAUCUCACGACGGCGCGCGCCACCUUUGAGGACAACUCGGCGCUCCUCGGCGCCAGCUUCUACUCGGAGACGGGGUUGACCGCGAGCUUCCGCGAUCGCACGACCUUUUCGCAUACGACGGGUAUCUUCGUCACGUCGCUGUACGUGUGGAUGGGCAACAUCAUCAACCUGGACGCGACGUCGGGCGUGCGCUGCGCCGUCGGCACGACCAUCGCGUCGCAGUUCGUGGUCCCGGCGCCCUUCAAUUUCACGCCGUUCGUCUUCUGGUCCAACAGCGAGCUUUGCCCCGACGUGAAGGAGAACGCGAUCGGGAGCCUCUACCCGCCGUUCCUCGUCCGGACCCUGUCCGUCGGCUGCGAGCCCUGCCCGCGCGACUCGUACACGCUUGGCGCCGGGUCGUGGCUGGGCACGGAGAGACGCGACGCGGCCUGCCUGCCCUGCCCCUACGGCGCGACGUGCGAGGCGGGCGGAAGCGGCGUCGUCGCCAAGCCCGGCUACAAGGGCGAGGUAGCGGGCUCCGAGGGCGAGAUCGGCGCCCCCGUCGUCGCCUUCGAGCGGUGCCCGGACGGCUACUGCUGCGGCGACGGCCGCGCGCCGUGCGCCGCCUUCGACAGCUGCGCGGAGCACCGCGAGGGCCCGCUCUGCGGCUCCUGCGCGCCGGGCUCGUCCGCGGCCCUGUUCACGGACGCGUGCCGCGACGACGGCGCCUGCGGCACGGCGGGCGGGCUCGCCCAGGUCUCCGUCUUGGUCCUGGCCGCGGCGGCGGCCUACGCGAUCUACCUCUACUACCUCCCGGGCUCCUACGCGUCCGACAUGAGCCUGUGCGUCUACUUUUGGCAGAACUGCUUCGUCGUGUUGCAGACGGGCGGCUCGCUCGACCGCCUCUCGGCCGACGCCGCGGGCGUCGCGCGCGCCGUCGGCGACGUCGCGCGGGUCCGGCUGUCCCUCGGCGGGUCGCGCGGCUACUGCCUCUACGCGGGCGCGACGACCGUCGCCAUGAUCGGGCUCAACUUCGUCAUGCCCGUCGCGGUCCUCCUCGCGACGCUCCUGCUCCACACCGUCGCGCGCGCCGGCGGCCGGCGCGCCGCGCGCCGCGACGGCGCGCUCGACGAGGCGCUCCUCGGCGGCGGCGCCGCGGCCGCCGCGCCGCGGCUCGCGACGGCGCUCGUGAACCUCGGCUUCCUGCUGCUCUCGACCUUUUUCAGCACCAUGACGGCGCUGCUCGGCUGCGUGGGCGUCAAGGGGCUCGAGGGCGCGCGGCUCUUCGUCCAGGCCGACAUCGCGUGCUACCGCCCCUGGCAGGCGCCGCUCUUCGUCGUCGCGGUGCUCGUCGGCGGCGCCUUCGCCGCGCCGCUGGCCGCGCUGUGCCUCGGCCGCGGCGCCGCGGUCGACCGCCGGCUCGAGGCGGUCGGCGGCCGGGCCUGGACCUUUUCGCGCGACGUCAUGGCCGAGCCCUUCGAGCGGCGCCACGCGGCGUGGGGGAGCGCCAUCGGCGCGCAGAUCCUCGCGUUCGCGUGCCUCGCCGCCCAGCCCUGGGCCGCGACCGUCCGCGUGCUCUUCAUGCUCUCCGUCUCCGUCGCCGCCGCGCUCGCGCACUCGCACGCCAUGCCCUUCAAGAGCGCGGACACGAACUACCUCCAGGGCGCGCUCCUGACCGCGCUGCCCGUCUUCUGCGCGCUGCAGCUCCCCUGGAGCGUGACGUCGACGAUCAACGCGCCCGUCGGGCGGGACGACAAGCUCCCCGUCAUCGCGAACCGCUGCGCGAAGUGCUCCCUGGCGAUCCUCGCGCUGCCCUGCGCGUGGGCCGCCGCGAUGGUCUACCAGCAGCGCCACGUCUGGGACGACGUGGCGGCGCGGGCCGGCCGCGCGUCGAAUUGGCUCCGGCGGCGCGUGCGGCGCCGCCCGCGGGCCGACGCUUCGGAGAUUCGAAUAAAUUAG